AUGCCCACUCCGGGGUAUGUCUUCCGCGACGGCGGCAGCACUCCCCCAGCAGUAGAGGAGAAGCCUGAUUCAGAGUUCCGUCAGAGAAUCACCCAAGCUACGACGAAACCCCCUGCGGUCACUUCGAACGCUCCCCUGGCCCAGAACACUACCACAAGUCACCAGUUGGCGACGGGCCAAGCAGGAGACCAUGAACUUCAGGGCGCAGCUCAGAGGGCCGGUAAGGACGACAGAACAACCAAUCUCGGAUGGCAAGCCAACGCUGAGGUUCAACAAGGCAAGUAUCCUUCGUCCCCACAGCUUCGUCUUCUCGCGGGAGACACACGCUUACCGCACUGCCAGCAAAUGUAUCAUGUCAAAGCCAUCCCGCAGGCUCCUCCAGGUGGGCUGGACCUCAAUACGGCCGACGACGAGGAGUUCUCCCCCGACAAACUACGCUCCAACAUUGAACGUCUGUACAUGACCGUCAUUGUCGGACUGAUUGCCUUUGGAAAACACAUUGCCAGAUUGAGGUCGUGGCGGGAGCCCCGCCGAACUGCUUGCUUCGCCGCCGUGUACUUUCUGGCCUGGAUCUUCGACUUCAUCGUGCCCACCCUGGUCACCAUGCUCAUCGUCCUCAUCACCGUUCCCCGAUCACGGAGUAUCUUGUUUCCACCGGCACCACUGGCUUUGGUCAGUGCCAAAUCAGGCGGCGUCCAGAAACCAAAGGCCGGUGUGCUGGGCAGCCACGACAGUGUCACCGGAGCACCCGAGAAAUACAAAGGCGAGGCUGUGGAGCAAGAGGCUAGUAACCUGGUCUCCGGUAUUGCCUCUGUAGCCAUCUCGAGUGCUGCUGGCCGGCAUGACCCAGCGAGCCCGGAUGAUCAGGGCGGAAGUAAGGUCCUGGAUCAAGGGAUGCCGGACCCAACCAAGAUCGCCACAGCCGCCGCCGAUGCUUCUUCCUCUGCUCAGGGCGGCGACCCGGACGCUGUCCAGGAUAAGACUAAGCAGCCCAUGGAGGAUGCCGUCUGGAAACAAGUCCGUCCGAUCAUGCACGCUCUCGGAGAGGUCUCUGACAUGUGGGAACGUCUCGCCAACGCCUUGUCGCCCACUCCGCCGUUUUCCCAGAAGAAUCGUCUCCAGCUUGGCGCAAUCCUCGUCCCGGUUCUACUGAUUUCGUUGGUAACACCUGCCCAAUGGGUUAUGAAAGGAUCAACCUUCUUUGCCGGCUUCGGCUUCUUCUCCGACCCCUUGAUCAGGCGCGGUGUUCAAUUGCUGAACGAGAAGAUCCCAGAUUGGCCGAAGUAUCUCGAGAUCCGCAACACCCUCCUCAAGGGUGUACCGACCAAUGCCCAGCUUACCAUCACUUUACUGCGCAUUGGCGAGGCCAACCGUGCGCCACUGCCGCCUCCACCCAAGUCCUCUGAAGCGCCGCCUGACAAGCCAGCCGAGAUUGACAAGAAUGGCAUCACCGAGGGAGGAUUAGACGCGUCGCAUUCCGAGAUCGAAGAUGUCAUCACCGUGGAUCAGCCCAGCGGCACGGAAGCCGCAGACACGCAAGAACCGAAGAAGAAGAAAGGCGGGUUCGGCGCCAAGAUCUUGUCUGCGUUCAAGACCAGCACGGCCGGCGCGGUGGAGACCAAAUUGACGACCGACACCGUUCGCGCCACCAUGGGUUCUGGCCAUGCGAAGGAGAAGUUGGGCGUGCUGCCUUCUCGGGCAGAAAUGAAAAGCAAGCCGAGGGAAGGCCCCGUGGAAUUCCGGGCGAGAUACCGUGGUCGUAAAGGGGCCGUCUACAUCGACAGCUCCGUCUCCCCGCCGAGUGGCAGGCGACCCGCCUCACCGUGUGUGUAUUUCACGACACACCUGGACGACGACGAGAAUGUGGAGAGCAUGCCUCGCGACCCCGACUGGGCGGUGCCCAUUGCGGACAUUGCUGAGGUGAAGAAGGUCGGUGGGCUGGGGUGGAAGGGCAAGAUCGUGGUCGGGUGGGCGACCGAGCGGGAGGUCAAGGACGGCAUCGAGAUCGUCGCCCGGGACGGCUCCGUGUACCGCGCCAUGGCCAUCAAGGAGCGAGACGAGCUGUUCAACCGGUUGAUUUCCAUGGGCCAGCAGGUGUGGGAGAGUCAUUAG